GUUGCGCGGCACGCCCUCUAGGGGCGCCCUGGUGCGCGGCCGGCGCUGCCUCGAGCGCCUUUGCAUUCCGGUCCCCGGGAAUAAACGGCUGAGUCUCCCGGGUCGACGGGGAGUUGCUGCUGCAGCCGCCGCUGCUCUUGGAGAAGCGAGCGAGCGAGCAAGCAAAGCGGGAAUCGCAGUAGCCAGGGACCUGCCAGCCUGGGCCAAACCGGAUCGGACUUGCUGCUGGUGGAAUCCUUCGCCUUGCAACAUGAACACCAUCAAGAACGUGCCUGCGCGCGUGCUGAGUCGCCGGGUGGGCCAUAGCCUGGAGGCAGAGAGGGAGCAGUUUGACAAGAAUCAGGCCAUGAGCAUCAGCAAAGCUAUCAACACAGUAGAAGCACCAGUGAAAGAGAAACAUGCUCGCCGAAUUAUUUUGGGGACUCAUCAUGAGAAAGGAGCCUUUACCUUUUGGUCGUACGCGAUUGGCCUCCCUCUGCCUAGCAGCUCCAUCCUCAGCUGGAAGUUCUGCCAUGUUCUCCACAAGGUCCUCCGCGAUGGGCAUCCGAAUGUUCUUCAAGAUUGCCAGCGGUAUCGGAGUAACAUCCGAGAAACUGGAGACCUCUGGGGCCAUCUCCACGAUCGAUACGGCCAGCUUGUAAAUAUUUACACCAAACUUCUGCUCAAUAAAAUCUCCUUCCACCUAAAGCACCCUGAAUUCCCUCCAGGCCUAGAAGUGACUGACGAAGUGCUAGAAAAAGCUGCUGGAACAGAUGUGAAUGACAUCUUUCAGCUCACGGUUGAGAUGUUUGACUACAUGGAUUGUGAACUCAAAUUGGCAGAGUCGGUUUUCAGACAGCUCAACACCUCCAUGGCCGUCUCCCAGAUGUCAGCAGUUCAAUGCCGGCUGGCUCCUCUCAUUCAAGUGAUCCAAGACUGCAGCCACCUCUACCAUUAUACUGUCAAGCUGAUGUUCAAGCUCCAUUCCUGUCUCCCCGCUGAUACGCUGCAAGGACAUCGCGACCGUUUCCACGAGCAAUUCCGCAGCCUCAAAAACUUUUUCAAAAGAGCAUCAGACAUGUUGUAUUUCAAGCGGCUCAUCCAGAUCCCACGACUGCCUGAGAACCCUCCUAACUUUCUCCGGGCAUCAGCUCUGGCAGAGCACGUGAAGCCUGUUGUGGUGAUCCCAGAGGAAGCCCCCGAGGAUGAAGAACCAGAGAAUCUGAUUGAGAUCAGCACAGCCCCUACUGUGGAGCAGCAGAAUGUGUCUGAUAUAUUUGAGCAGACCUUUGGGCCACCCAAUGGAAUAAGAGAUGACAGGGAUCUCCAGAUCGAAAACCUGAAGAAAGAGGUUGAUCUGCUUCGAGCAGAGCUAGAGAGGAUUAAACUAGAGGCUCAAAGAUACAUCGCUCAGCUGAAGGCCCAGAUUAACAGCCUGGAGGCGGAGGUGGAAGAGCAGCGGAAGCAGAAGCAGAAAGCCCUUGUGGACAACGAGCAGCUCCGGGACGAGCUGGAAAGGCUGCAGAAGGCCAAGCUGGAGGGAGACAAGAGCCGAGGGCUCUACCUGGAAGCGGACAAGAAGGCCAGUGCCACGGAAAUCCGCUACACCAAGCUGAAAGAGAAGCACAGCGAGUUGAUCAACACACACGCAGAGCUACUGCGAAAGAAUGCAGACACGGCCAAGCAGUUGACAGUCACCCAGCAAAGCCAAGAAGAAGUUGCCCGGGUCAAGGAGCAGCUGUCCUUCGAGAUGGACCAACUGAAACGGGAGUCGGAAAUGAAGUUAGACGAUCAGAUGCUGCAAAUGGAGCAGGUGAAGAGAGAAUUGGAGUCUAAGCAAGAGGAAUUGGCUCAGAUUCAGCAAUCGCUCUGCCGUUCCAAGCAGGUUGGCUCAGACCUCAACAGCCAACUGGAAGCCCUCCAGGCCGAGAAGGACAUGCUGAGGAAAUCGGCCAGCGAGAAGGAGUGUGAACUCAUCUCCACGAAGGGUCUGAUCCAAGAGAAGGAGCUGCUGUUGAGCCAGGAAGCAGAGAAAAGGGCCAAGGAGGUCCAGGAGCUGCAAGGGAAACUCUUGGAAAAGAAAAGUCAAGAACAGAACCUACAGCAGAAGCUCCUGGAGGACCAGUUCGGCAUCCUGCAAGGGACGGUGAAGGAGGCCGAGAGCAUCAUUCAGGACGCAGUCGCCAAGUUGGAUGAUCCCUUGCACAUUCGAUGUACCAGUUCACCAGAUUACCUCGUCAGCCGGGCACAAGCAGCUCUGCAGUCAGUCGACGCUGUGGAGAGCGGGCAUGGGCACUACUUGGCCAACAUGGCAGAUGUCACUGGUUUGGUUGGUGCUCUGGCCCAGUUUGCCCACCUGGCAGCAGACACCAUCGUGAACGGCAGUGCCACUUCCCGCCUGGCACCCAUGGACCAUGCUGACAAAUUGACCGAAACCUGCAGGGACUGUGGGCAGCGGAGCCUGGACUAUCUGGACAAGCUAAAAGACAAGCAAACUCUCUGGCAAGCAGAUCCGGCAGAUGUGAAGAAAACACUGCAAGGGCUUCUCCAGCUGGGAGAGGAACUGAGGCCCAAAAGUUUAGACAUCCGGCAAGAAGAGCUGGGUGAUAUGGUCGACAAAGAGAUGGCCUCCACCUCUGUUGCAAUCGAAGAUGCGGUCAGGAGGAUAGAGGAAAUGAUGAAUCAAGCCAGAAUAGAGACUUCUGGUGUGAAACUAGAAGUAAAUGAAAGAAUCUUGAACUCCUGCACAGAUCUGAUGAAGGCAAUCAGGCUUCUUGUGAUGACAUCUACACAUUUACAGAAGGAGAUUGUAGAAAGUGGACGGGGUGCAGCAACAUCGCAGGAGUUUUAUGCUAAGAACUCCAGAUGGACAGAAGGGCUCAUCUCUGCUUCUAAGGCCGUGGGAUGGGGAGCAACGCAGCUUGUGGAGUCCGCAGACAAAGUUGUCCUACACACAGGCAAAUACGAGGAACUGAUAGUCUGUUCGCACGAGAUUGCAGCCAGCACAGCUCAGCUCGUAGCUGCCUCCAAGGUGAAAGCGGAGAAGCACAGCAGAAACCUGGGCAAGCUGCAGGAGUGUUCCCGCACAGUCAACGAGAAGGCUGCCAACGUCGUGGCUUCCACCAAGUCAGGCCAAGAGCAGGUUGAAGACAAAGAUACGAUGGACUUCUCUGGAAUGUCCUUAAUCAAACUCAAGAUGGAGGAAAUGGAGACACAGGUGAAGGUGCUGGAAUUGGAAAAGACGCUGGAGAACGAGCGGCUUCGCCUUGGCGAGCUGCGACGGCAGCAUUACGCUUUGGCUGGGAUCUGCAAUGAGACCACCGCUGGGGAGAAACCAGCAGUUGCCCAUAAGCGAGGCAGCUUGAAGAAGCCACCUGUGGCUCAGAAGCCAGCCCAGCCCCUGAAGCCAGACCAUGAGCCUUCUCUUUUACAGCUGGUUCAGGACGACAGCAUGUACCAGGCACAUCUUGUAAACUUCUAAGAUGCAAAUGACUGAACACAAAAAGGAAGAAAGCAGCAGCAGAGAAAGAGACCUGUGGGAUUCCACGUCUAGCCAGCUUCCUACAUGCCCUGCUGUCCUAAGAGAUUCAGGCAUGUUGGUGCCUGCUGGUGCCAUGCAACAGAUUUCUGGGUGGAGGUCCAAGACGACUGCCUCGCAAAAGAGAAGGGGGGUUGCCCAGGAAGGCCCCUGAAGUAUACAGACAUUCCAACACCAUCAAAAAUGUCUGUGUUUUAAACAGAUACUGACUGGAUAAACCCUCAGUUGCCUUGUUUCUGGCAUUGCCUUCAUUUUGAAAAGAUCUUUCCAAAGGAACCCUUGAAUUGUACGCAUUUGCCUGACCUCUAGAAUUAGAACAGAUCUGCAUUCUUAAAGCAACAGCAGACUGUCAGAUACAUAUGAAGACGACCAAUCCUAAAUGGAAGGCAGGGUGGAGGGAGAAAGCUCACUCUGUUGACAUCAGUUAUUUAUAAGCAAUAGGAAUCUUGUGUUGUUUGGAGUAAAUGUUGGUGUAUCUAUCACUGUACUACAGAAGUCUUUUUAAAGAUAUAUGGGUUUUUUUAAGUAGGCUGUUUGGAUUUCUCCUUGUAGUGUUUAUGCUACAAACUGAAAAAGGAAGUUUCUCCUGGGAUGAACUCUCAAAGGACAAGAUCUUUUUGGUGUCAGUUUUUAUAUGCAUUAAAAAAAGAACAGGAUUUAUAUACAGAGAGGAGGCUGGUUUGGCAACUUCUGUAAGAGAGAAAAGUCUACACUGGUUUCAGAUAAAAUUCCAGUUUAGAAAUAAAAUGCAAAAAACCCCACCCAGCCCUUCAACACAUUUCAAGAUUAUUGAAGCAGUUGUAGUGCUCAGCAUUUAAUUUGGGGUGAGAAAUGGGAAGCUGACACAUUUGCAACUUAAAGAAAAGGUGACAGGAGGGGCUGAACCAAACACUAAGUUUUAAUAGGACUAUUUAGCUUAUCAAACAAAUUACCUGAAACAUGUUUUAUUGUUUUUCUAGAUAACAAUUUUUUACAACUGUUAAUCAGCCCAUGCCCCUAUUUAGAAGCUAGGUGGCUUCAAUGUGCGGAGCCUCUUCCCUUAAAUGGAGAAGUCCAGGGGUGCUCAGCUUGGUUUCUAUUUUUUUAAAAAAUGUUAUCUCUGAACAGUUGCCUUGUGGUAGCCAGGUUAGAUUCUUGCAGGCUACCCCCUAAAAAGUAUCCUCACUGGGUUGUUUUUCUUACAAAGUACGCUUAGUAGGAUUGUAUCCAGAGCAAAAUUUCUCUUCUUGAAAUUGAACCAUGGCUGUCAUUUUUGGUGGUCCAGUUGUACCUGCAGCUAGUAAGAGAUUUUAACGCCAGAAAAUAAUGAGCCUCUCUCUCCUUUUGUGUGUUUCUGCUGUUUAAGCUACCAGUAAAAUGAGAAAAUUGCAAGCAAAUAGCUGCAAGUAUGUCCUGGUCUAUUUGUUACAGUUUGAAUAGCAAGAAAAGUGGUUUCUGGUAUUCUUGUACAUAAGCAAUAAAAAUAUGACAAGUGGUA